UUAUGGCUGCCGGUGUGCGUGGUAUGUGAGAGCACGUGUACUUUACAACCUGUAUUGCAUCGAUACGAAGUCUACACACGUUCGUCAUGGAACAGGCCAUCGAAGCAGCCGCCUCCGGAGGCGAGUGCAGGAUUCUCUGCUGCCAAUGCGGUCUACCGAUAGAGCCGAAUCCUUCAAACAUGUGCGUCAACUGUCUUCGAAAUCUCGUUGACAUCACCGAAGAGAUUCCAAAGCAGGGGACAAUUUACUUUUGCCGUGGUUGCGAGCGCUAUUUGCAACCCCCUGCUCACUGGGUUUACGCAACCCUCGAGUCGCGAGAGCUCCUCGGUCUGUGUUUAAAGAAGAUUAGGGGUCUCAGUAGUGUGCGGCUGGUAGAUGCCAGUUUCGUCUGGACGGAGCCUCACUCCAGACGCAUCAAAGUCAAGUUGACCGUUCAGAAAGAGGUGGUUGGAGGCACCGUGUUGCAGCAGGUGUUUGUGGUCGAGUUCAUGAUCAACCACCAGAUGUGCGACAACUGCCACCGACGGGAAGCUAAGGAUUUCUGGCGAGCCCUUGUGCAGGUCAGGCAGAAAGUGCAACACAAGAAGACUUUCUUCUACUUGGAGCAACUCAUACUGAAACACCAAGCGCACAAGGACUGUCUCAACAUAAAGGCACACCACGACGGGCUCGACUUUUACUUCUCGAAAAAGGACGAAGCUCGCAAGCUGGUCGACUUCUUUCAGACCAUGGUGCCCUGCAAGUAUAUCAUGUCGCAACAGCUAGUUUCGCACGACAUACAUUCUAACACCUUCAACUACAAGCACACUUUCUCAGUGGAAAUCGCCCCGGUCUGCAAGGACGACGUUAUAUGCCUCCCGCCUGCUGUAGCAAGGUCCUUGGGCAGCAUGAAUCAGAUAUGCAUUUGUCUCAGAGUGACAAGCGCCAUACACUUGUUGGAUCCUGCCACGCUUCAGGUUUCGGAACUCUCCUCGCAGCAUUUCUGGCGGCAGCCUUUCGGUGCACUGUGCACGCCCAAGCAGCUCACUGAAUAUGUCGUCAUGGACAUAAACUUUGUGAAGGAUGUAGAUAGGACUGUUUUUGCUGGCCAAGGAAAGUUGUCCUUCAGGCACGUCCUGGCAGAUGCGUGGGUCAUUCGUGCCUGCGAACUGGGAACUCACGAGAAUUACAUCCACACUAAGACUCACCUGGGACACCUGCUGAAACCGGGUGACUCUGCCUUGGGUUUUGAUCUCGCAAAUGCCAACAUCAACGACGCACACUUUGAAAAGCUGAAGUCUGAGAAGAUUCCAGAGGUUGUUCUCGUGAAGAAGGUGUAUGGAGACCGCAUGUCUCGUUGCCAGAGGCGCCGCUGGAAGCUGCAGCGCCUUCAAGUUGACAUGGAGACUGAAACCAGCAGCGUGGCGAGAGACUACACAGACUUUCUUGAGGACCUUGAGGAGGAUGCUGCUUACCGUCAGAAUGUCAACAUUUACAAGGAUAAUGAUAAGAUCGCUGUUGACACUGAUGACGAAGAUGGUGAGGCACCACGAAUCACUCUCCAAGAAAUGUUAGAUGACCUUCAAUUAGAGGAUGAUCCGAUGGGAGAUGGAGGCAACAGUGAAGACACUAACCAAGCCUAAUGUAUGCCUCAAAAAUGCUGCUGUAUAUUCACAUCAAAUACAAUCUUGUUAUUCACUAGU